AUGGAGGACACGCUUUGUCGUGAGCUGCAGCAGCUCUCGCCCGAGCAGCUACGGGAGCUGCUGAACGCCAGUGGACACGGUCAACUGCUGGCACAUGAUAAGCCUGCGGUGCAUGAGCAGCUCGUGUCGGAAACGAAGAACGAGGGCAACGCUUUCUUCCGCCAGGGCCGCCUGCAUGACGCCAUCUCCUCCUACUCCCGAUGCAUCGAAAUGGACCCAAGCAACGCGGUUUGCCUCUCGAAUCGAGCUGCAGCCUACCUGAAGCUGAAAGAGUUUAAGCUUGCAAUAGCAGACUGUUCCAUGGCAAUUGAGGUGGCGCCGACAAUUAAGCCAUUUAUGCGUCGAGCGACGGCGCAUUUUGCGCUUGAGCAAUACGAACAAACAGUUGCCGAUCUAAUAGUAGCACUGGAGUUUGAACCGCGUAACAAAGAGUGCUAUGCAAAGCUCCAAGCCAUCGUGGAUGCCGCUACAACCUUUCUCCAGCGUGGGAACGAAGCAGACGCGGAACUACGCAGAGCAGGCAUUCGUGCUGCAUUGAUAUGCUCUGUCCGUGAUGGCUGGUCAAUGAGCGCUGUGCGGGGCAACCCAGGGCCUGCUGCUGUGAAUGGACACACGCUUUUCAGAGGAGACAACGGCCGCAUCUUUCUCUUUGGUGGACGAUCAGUACGUGAGCAAAAGCCGGAUUUAUUCAUGCUAGGCGAGAGCGACAACUCAAGCUGGGACAUAGUACCGACUCAAGGUGCAUGUGUCCCUUCAUCACGGUCUUGGCAUACAACUUCAGCUAUCGGCAAAGAAGGGAGCGAGUUCUAUUGCGUUUACGGCGGCGUCUCGUCACGAGGUGAGGACCCCAGCGUACAUUUGCUCGUACCAGCUUCACCUCGUGGCUUUCGAUGGGUACAGCCAUAUUGUUCACAGGUCGCACAGGAGAUUCCAGCGCCCCGAUCAGGCCACGCAGCGGUGUCUGUCGUGGACGAUGAUGGCGACCGAAUCGUUUUCAUGUUUGGCGGACGAACGAAACGAGGCGUGAGCGAUCAAUUACUGGUCUUACGUUUAGCUGGAUCUGCCUGGCCUUCUGCUCGGGACGGCCAUUCGAUGUGUUUAAUACCAAGCGUGGCAGACCAAGCGCCUCGACUCGUUGUCUUCGGUGGCAAUGGCCAGCUUAACGAUGAUCGGAUGAAUGACGUGUGGUUAUUCAAUGUGGAGAAGCAGCUUUGGACACUUCUGCAGUGCUCUGGGGAUAUCCCACUUCCACGCUCAUACCACACAGCUCACACAAUUGGCGAGUUUCUUUUCGUUAUUGGCGGACGAACUGCCGAAUCCGAGGACGACAGUGUGUACAUGCUGGACACUGAAGCUGCCAAAUGGGUCAAGGUACCAAUCCCCAGCGAUCACUCUUUGACUCCUCGCGCAUGGCAUUCCAGCGUCUUCAUCGAUACUGGCAAACUGUGUGUACUGGGCGGCGGCACUUACCACGGCCCUCUAAAAGAUGCUGCUACAUUGGAUCUCAGUUUCUUUCAUCUCACUGCAUCUUCACUAAGUCACGUUGAACAACUCAAGAAACUCGACACGUAA